AUGGGCCACCACCCCACCGUCACCCUGGCGCUGCGUUACCUGGACGGCGUUUUCCUUUCCCCCACGGAGAGUGACUUUGUCAGCAAGAUCCUUGAGGAGUUGAACCACUUCCUGCUUCAAAACCAGCUGGAGAAAGUCCUCUUGUUCCCCCCUUUGUCCAGCCGCCUCCGGUACCUGAUCCACCGAACGGUCGAUGAUGUUGAGCUUUUGAGCAGUUUCUCUGUUGGAGAAGGAUGGCGGCGGAGGACCGUGGUCUGUCACUCGGCCAUAAGGUUGCCUGAUGAACCAGAGGAUCAGGAGGGUUCCUGCCGUGGCACCCCUCUCUCCAGCCACCCACCUUCUUCGAGAAACAGAGGAGGCCAUUUUAGAGGAGGCGCACGGAACGUAGACGCCCGAGCUGAUGGCUCUCGAGGCCAGAGAGGAAACGGUCGUGGCAGAAAGCAGUCACGGAGGAAGCUGGACCAAGCUUUGUACGUCCCCAGGGCGAUGCGGAAAAAGCCCGAGGGCUUGGGAACGGAAGCUCCUCCCGAGGAAUCGGAAAGUCAAUUACUUGACUUUGAAGUGUUUGAAGAUGGUCAGUGUAUGUCCAACACCGUCCACGGUAGUGACCGAACCGCAGAAGCCAGCAGCUUACCUGAUCCCGACUCGGUGUCUGGAAGCCCUAGAGAGAAUGAUGCAAAGACCUUGGAGUCGGAAAGUAAAAAUGGCGUGGGAGUUGCAGAAGUUCCCGAGUUGCUGAGCCCUUGCCCUCUGAAGAGUGCGGUUGAUCCAUUAGCUCAAGAUGGCCGGUGUAACGUUAACCAGGCCACCUCGAUGCUGCAGAGCGGCUUCAACCUGACAACAACAGAAAGCCAGAAUAAAGAGGGCACAGAGGCUUUCAUUUCCGAGGGUGGUGAAAGUUUAGGCUCUCCAGAAGCGAAGGGAGGAGAGAGUCCCGUCGUUGCAGUAUCAAAAGAAAGUGGUCCUCUCCCCUUGUUAGAAGAGCAGAAGGAUAAACUUCCAGAUGUUGUAGGUACAGAAUUAAGCAGAGAACCAUCAUUUCUACAAGGCCAGGAAAAGAGGAGCCUGGAUUGCAAGAUCGUGGAAACCAGAGCCGCCUUGGCCUUUCCUGAAGAGCCAGAAGGAGAUGCUACAGAUGCUAUUUUGUUGAAACCUAAUCACGACCUGUACCUCUUGGAAGAGAAGGAAAGCGAUGGCGCUCUCGGCAGUGAACAGGGAUGUCACGAGUCCCCUUCUUCACUGGAAGAGGGUGCUGCAGAUGCUGCUGUAUCCCAGCCCUGCUCAGGAACGUCAGCCCCAGAACCCCAGGAUAAAGUCUGCCCUGGUGUCUCUGAGCCGGAAUGUAUCCAAACUGAAUCCUGCAAGGAUGUUGGGGAUCAAACUAGCCCUUGUGUCUCUGUGCUCGGGAGGGCAUCUUCGCCUCCGGUAUCUGGAAGUUGCCAAGAUCCCUCUGUGUUGAAUUCACAGUUUGUAUCCAGUUUAGGUAGCCUUGGAUCGGAUCAUGGCAAAGCUGACUGCGUGCCCGGAAGCCAGGAAAGAGAGGUGGUUGAUCUCGGAGGGAGCUGGAGGUCUGGACCAGAACUGUCUUCCGGGGAUGGAAGCAUGGGGAGCUCUGCAGUGGAGGAGAAGGACAGCGCGUUUGAGGACGACUGCGGGGCUGAGCUCUUACAAGAAAUCACAAACUAUUUGACCAUAAAGGACAUCAACAUAGAGAAAAUCCAAUUUGAUUACUCUAGUUAUGGGGAAGCCCAGAUCAACGAGGGAGAUUUUGGACACGUGCUUGAGAUCUACGAUUUUUCACCCUCGCUGAAAACGGAGCACCUGAUGGAGGCCUUCGCAGAAUUUCAAGAGAGUGGGUUUAAGCUGCAGUGGGUUGAUGACACUCAUGCGCUUGGGAUAUUCUCCAGUUUGGCAGCAGCAUCUCAAGCAUUGGAACGAAGUCACGCCUCUUUGAAGAUCCGACCUCUUAUCCAUGCGACGAGGCAGUCAAAAACCAAGGCUCUUCAACGGCCAAAGCUCCUUCAGUUGGCCAAAGAGAGGCCCCAGACGGACACGGCAGUAGCUCGAAGGCUGGUGACGCGAGCCCUGGGAUUACAGCGCAAACCGUAUCGGAAUCGGGGCCACCGAGAGGUGAAACCAGAGAACACAAAUCUGCCAGAAUAAUAACGAAGAUUGUCCAGAGCAGCUUGGGGGGUGAUACCAGUUGGAGGUGUGGGAUUAAACGGUCUGCCAGACACUAUAA